AUGGCGUCUUCUUCCUCCGCCGGCUACCAGCUUCUGCAGCAAGGUGACACACCCGACACUGCACCGGCCGCCACUGAACAAGAGAUCACCAUGGGCAAGUCGCGCGGCACAUUUCGAGCUUGCUACGUCGUCGCCCUGUGCUGCAUUGGCUCUUUCCUUUUCGCCUACGACACGGGCAUUGUGGGAGGCGUUUUGACGUUUCCCUCGUUUCAAAAUGACUUCGGUUACUCAAAGGCCGAUAAGACGCAGGUCAAUUCAAAUUGUGUCUCGAUUCUCCAAGCCGGUGCCUUCUUUGGUUGUUUCUUUAUCUGGCCGUUGACUGGAUGGCUGGGUCGACGGUGGGGGUUCAUCAUCGCCUCUGUUGUGUUCAGCAUCGGAUGUAUCUUGCAAGUCAUCAAUUCCCAUUCCAUCGGCCUCUUCUAUGCUGGGCGAGUCAUCUCGGGUUUGGGUACUGGAGCAGCGACGGUGUUGGUCCCAAUGUUCUCGGCAGAAAUGGCGCCAAAAGAGAUUCGAGGCAAGCUCGGCUCUUGCUUUCAGCUGUUUUUCGCGACAGGUGUUUGCGUCAGCUACUGGGUCGACUACGCUGCUCAAGUGGGCAUUUCUAAGACAUCUUCAACACAAUGGCAGGUCCCCGUUGGCCUGCAGCUAGUCCCCGGUGGCUUACUUGGGCUGGGUAUGUUGCUGGUCAGGGAGUCUACUAGGUGGCUCGCGAAGAAGGGUCGCAACGAAGAAGCCUAUGCGUCUCUCCUUUGGGUCCGUGGCGGCGUCGAUGGCCCAGAGAUUCGGGCCGAAUUUGAAGAGAUUCUUGCUGGGGUGGAAUUGGAAGUACGAGAAUCCGAAGGCCUCACAUGGAAGGAACUCCUCCUGCCAUCGAAUAGAUACCGAAUGUUCAUCGCCGUCACGAUCCAACUCUGCGCACAACUGACCGGUAACACCUCACUUGCCUACUACGCCCCACAGAUCUUUGCUACAAUCGGAGCUGGCAACAAGACACUUUUCAUCACUGGCUUCUUCGGACUUGUCAAGAUAGCUGGCGUCCUGACGUUCAUCCUCUUCUUUGUCGAGAAAUUCGGUCGCAAGAUCCCCUUCAUGGUGGGCGCAUUUGCAAUGGGCAGUUUUAUGCUCAUCAUUGCAUUGAUCGUCGACACACAUCCUCCCAAGCCAUCGGCCACGGGAAUCACAUCGUCUGGAGCGGCUGGUAUUGCGAUGGUAUAUCUCGAGGCAUUCGCAUUCAACAUGUCUUGGGGUCCCCUGCCGUGGCUCUAUAUCGGAGAGAUCUUCCCCAACCGGAUCCGGGAGAUUGGUGUUGCGACAGGUGCCGCAAGUCAAUGGCUCUUCAAUUUCGUCAUGAGCCAGAUCACUCCACAUGCCAUUUCUAAUAUUGGCUGGAGAACGUUCCUCAUGUUUGCUGUGUUCAACUAUGCCAUUAUCUUUUACAGUUAUUUCCUACUCAAGGAGACAACGGGCAAGAGCUUAGAAGAGAUGGAAGUUGUCUUUGGUACCGUGGAUCGGCUUCCCACCAAGGAUGAUGACGAGCUGGAAUCGCAUGCUGCACACGACGACACCACCAGAGAGAUCCAUGAAACGACCAAGUGA